UUUAAAUUAGAGCUAACGCUAGUCUAAUCACCUCUUCCUUCUCCAGCCCCGCAACCGCAAGCGCAAGAAACACACAAGCCGGAUUCGCCGUUCGCUCCGCCUCCUCGUCGCCGGCGAAGAUCCGCCAUGCCUCGCCUCCCCCUCCUCCUCCUUAUCGUAGCCGCGGGUGCCGCGGCGGGCGGCGGCGCGGCGAAGCCGACGGCGUACGAGGCGCUGGCGACGUUCGACUUCCCGCCGGGGAUCCUCCCCAAGGGGGUGGUGUCCUACACCCUCGACGACGCCACCGGCGACUUCACGGCCGCGCUCAACACCACCUCCACCUGCGCCUUCUCCAUCCAGGGCUCCUACUCGCUCCGCUACCAGCCCAGGCUCUCCGGCCGCAUCGCCGCCGACCGCCUCACCAACCUCCAGGGGGUCUCCGUCAAGAUCCUCUUCCUCUGGGUCAACAUCGUCGAGGUCACGCGCCACGGCGACGACCUCGGCUUCUCCGUCGGCAUCGCCUCCGCCGACUUCGGCGUCGACAACUUCCUCGAGUCCCCGCAGUGCGGCUGCGGCUUCGACUGCAACGACGCCGAUCUCUCGCUGCCGCUGCCGGAGCCGGAGCCCCGCCUGCGGCUGCGAGGUGCGUUCUAGAAUCCUAGCCCGAUCCGCCGCUCCAUGAAAUUUUCUUGGAUAAUGCUGUUGAUGUGAGCCGCGCGAUCUGAAUCUGCUAUCUUAGAUGGGUUAAUAAACAACAAAUGUCCCAACUUUUUGAUGGGAUAUCAAAAAUUCAGAGCUCGAUUUCAUAUGUUUCUUGCACUGUUUCAGACAGAUUAGACUUUAGAGAGGAUCCACAGGAGAAAGUAAGAUCAGCUGAAAUUUCUUGUA